CAGCCAGCGAAUAGCUGCGCAUCGCUGCGUUCGAGCGCCGAAAGAAAACUGAGCCGAGGAAAACGUAUUUCCCACUUGCCUGACCAUAUAUAUUUUCCUGGCGCUGCUCGCACUCGCGACGGCCGACCGAAAGAAAAGUGCAGUGAAUUGAACCGUUCGAUUUCGAUUUUGAAUUACUGAUUGAUUUCCGAUUUUGCGAAUUUUUUUUCUGUUCGGUGCGAAAAGAAAAGUGCUAAUUGGUGCAAUUGAUUGACACGAUCGAUCGAUCUAAACACACAGAUAUAUUCGCGAGGAUCGUAACGGAUCAUUAGAUCAUUGGAUCAUUGGAGUGCUCGCGUUUCAAACAUGGAGAACUUGAAGCCUGCCGUCGUGAAUUGAAAGGCAUAAAAAGGCAGAGUAGCAGACAGACGCAGUUCGCAGAUCGCAGAUCGCAAACAACAAACGAGUGAAGAAGCGAAAAAAUGAUGUCGCCAAGACUGCCGGAAGGAAGGGAGCAGGAAUCAGGAUGCAGGAACAGGAUUAGAAGCAGAACGGAAACGACGGCAAACACAACGUUUCACAAGCGCCGGCGGAGAAUCAUCAGUCCCGGCAGCUACCUGGCCCUGCUCUUGCUCUCCACCACCUGCAGCCUGGUGGCCACCUCCGCCUCCGCCUCCGCCUCAAACACAGAGCUUGCGCCUGGGGAUCCUCCGUGGGCCAGCCAGUUGGCCGUCUCCUCCAGCUCCUCGCCCUGCGAACCGCAGCAUUGGUGGGACUCGCAGCGGGAUAGAUGCACUCCGUGCACCCGCUGCCAGGGCGAGAUGAUACCACUGCGUCCCUGCCAGCUGCACACGGACACCAUCUGCGGCUCCAUCUACGAUCUCAAGAUCGAUUGGGUCGUCCUGGCCAAGACGGAGCCGAAUUGGAAGGAGCGCCGAAAGUCUUCGGAGUACGAGCACUUUGAGCAUCUGACCCACGAGCAACUGCAGCAGCUGCACGAGGAGGCGGCCGCCUCCUGGGUCCUCGACUGGCAGACCGGCGUCCUCUAUGUGGCCGUGCUCACCUGCCUCAUCUUCUUCUCGGUGGCAGCCUGCAUCCUCAUCCAUCACAUGCGCCAGUGGCGCCGCAUGGAGCGUCGCCUGGAUCAGGAUGUGGAGGAGCUGUCCACCAAACUGAUGGCCAAGCUGGCGGAGGUGCAGAGCCUGGACGGAGGCACCUUCUUCAUUGGCAACGCGGACGCCCUGCGAGGACUGCCCGCCUCCGCAGCGGCGACGCAUGCAGCAGCGGCACAGUCGGGAAUCUUCCAGCCGCAACACGUGCUGCUCCCCGAGAAACGCGUGAAGCACCAGGAACGACGGAUCCUGAAGACCCUCCAGCCGGGCAAUGUCUACAUCGAGGAGAGCAACGCGGGACUGGGCGUCAUGGGCGUGCGGGGGUUUGCCGGCCCCAAGGGCUGAGCCAAAGGGGGACACUACUUAAGGAGUGGCGAAGCAAAAACGGAACCGGAACCGAAACCGGAACAAGAAUCAAGAUGGAGAUGAACUUUGUACAAACAGCCGCUUAAAGGAGGAACGGAUGGGAACCGAAACUAUUAUUAUUUUUUAUAUUAUUAAUCUUAUUCUAAUUAUUACGGUUUUUUUUUGUCCUAAUAUUUAAUUGAAUCGUUAUGUUGACUUGUUUGUAAUGCGCGGACAGAUGAGGAUGCGCCGGCUUCCCGUUGUGGGGAAUCCCGAGCGAUGCGGCUGAAUGUUUUGUACAUAGAGAUGAGGCACCCACACCCACACCCACGUAUAUGAUUAAAGCGAUUAUGAUUAACAAAUUUCUACUUAAUGUAAAUAUUAAGGCGAUCGAACAACGAAACCGAACGGAUUCAAACGGCUCCAAACGGAACGGAACGAAACCAAGCAAUAAUGGCAACAUAUCAGCUACUAUAUAGACCGCAUAUAGACGCGCGUAUUGUUAAAAUCCUAAAUCCCAAAUCCCCACCAUCAUAACCAAGUUAAAAUAUAUCAAACGAGAGCAUUUUCCGGCUAGCUGCUACCGAGCUUAAUCGAAUUAACUGUAACAGUAAUGGUAAAGAUACAAAUAUAACUACUUAUAAUAAUGAAUAAUGCUAAUUAACGGAUAACUAUAUAUCGAUAGGGAGAGAUGUCUAUGUCCUAAGUGCUAUCAGUGUGCAAAAGCAAUAAAAAGUUCUAUGAUUAUACGAGA